GUCUCAUAUAGUGAGUUUUGGGGAGUUGCAGCAACUGCAUUGGAGCAGAGCGACCUCACAACAAAAUAAAACGCCAUCAACAUAUCAGGACUGGCAUUUCUUUUUAAGAUAGAAUGUGGUUCUUCGAUAAAAUCCGAGGCUCCGUAGAAAACAACUUGAACCGUGACUCCAGCGGCAGGGACACCAAGCAGACCAAAGGCUCCCUGUUCAGUAACGUGCUGACUCCCGACAAGAUUCCCGACUUCUUCAUCCCUCCCAAAUUUCCCAACAGCUCGGCCGAGGGGCCGGCUGCCGACGGUGCGGAGCCGCGGCAGAAGAAGACCAACCUGAAACCUUCCUCGUCCGAGCAGAUCCUCAUCAGCAGCAAGCCCCAGGGCAGCCCCCGCCUGAGGGGCCGAAGCUCCGCAGAGACCAGCAGUCACCUCCUCAAGGUGGCCAGCCGCCACAUUAUUCAGAUUGAGAGUGCGGAUGACACCAACUCUGAUGAUCAGACUGAAGCGAGCUGCAACACCAAUUAUGACCCUCAGUCGCAGAGUGCCAUGUCCCUCCCAUACAUGCCUUUGACCCAGACCUCCUAUGGCUUUUCCACUUUGACUGAAAGCCCUCACACCAGACGCAAAGAGUCACUGUUCCAUGUGGACCAUGGAAGCCCGGUCACCUCACCCAAUUCCCAGAGGAAGAGGUCCAGCAACCAGAAGAGCAAUGGGGAAACGCAGCACCUCAACACACCAGAGUUCACCCUGUCGUUGGCGAGCCCUUGCAGGUACUUCAGUGGCGGGGACAGUGAUACCGCCUCCUCCGCUGAAUCCUCACCUUUCAACUCGCCUCUUCUGUCCCGCUCGGUCUCGGGAGCAUCCCUCCUCAAGAUGUUCAGCCAUGAAAACCUGGCCAAGCAUUGCAAACCUUUGCAGUCGUUCACCCGAAACAGCUCUCUGUCCACAGAUGAAUGCAGUUCGACAGAUGCCAGCCCCUGUGUCUCCAGGAGGGUCAGGUGCCCGACUCCUCCCGCUGGUGGCCCUUCAGCCUCGCGGGGGGUUCUCCCCUUGAGUUUGCUCCAUUAUCAAGACCGAGUACUGAAGGAGCACACCAUCCGCCUUAACAAAGGGGGUGCUGUUAGGUUGUCUGCGGAAUAUGAUUGCACUAACGCACGCCUUCGAAUCCGGAUCAUCACAGCUGAAGACCUCUACGACAAGACAUUGGACAACAAAAGCAUCAACUGCUGUGUGAUUUUGUACCUGACUCCUGGGAAGCUUCAGAAGCAACGGAGCACCAUCAUCAAGAACAGCAGAAAUCCAAUCUUCAAUGAAGACUUCUUUUUUGAUGGGCUCCCUCUGGAUGAGUUCAAGAGGGCAGCUUUGAAGCUAAAAGUGGUAAACAAAGCAUCCAGCCUCAAACGUGACGUGGUACUUGGUGAGAAAGAACUGAAAUUGUCCUUAUUACUGCCUUUCUUCUGAUUAUUAGCCACUUUGCUGUGCUUAUCUUGAGUCAGGUUCCCGCAGAUCAAAACAUAAUCUCUCUCAACAAUGGCUCACUUUCUGUGAAUUCGAAAGAAAAGCCAUUUAGCCACUUGAAAAUGUCGAAAGAAUUUGUGGAAUAAAGAUUGUUGUUGACAUCCAAUUCAGAAAUGGAUGAAGUGAAGAGAUUUGAGAUACUUGGGUUGUGUCACCUGAGGAAAUUCAUAUUUUUCUUUUACUCUUUUUAAAAGUGUCACAAUUGGAGCAACAGAUGACAAAGGAUAGAAGCCCUUAUUGUGGUAGAAUUUAACUUAUGUUGUGAGGAAAGAGAGUGGACAAUACACUGAACUGUACUCAUUCGCCCCAAGUGUAGCACACCGAUGAUGACUAUAAUUCAGCAUCAGGGGAUGAAGACCUGUUUCUCCACAAAUGUUCUGUGGCUCGGCAUAUCCAUGCAGUCCUGCUUUCCUUUCUGAUUUCCAGGUGAAGAGACAGCUCCUGCAGACAAGCAAAUGAUGCCCAAUCAGAGGGUCAUGAGUUUGAAUCCUAGGGUGUCUCAGCUAAAAGUCUUGAACUGUAAACAUCCAUUUCAUUCGUGCAUAUUACAGGGAAGCAAUGGAGCCUAUUGAGACCGUCUCAGGCGCUUCCAGCAGCCGACACAAGAGGCUAAACAGUUCAUUACAGUUUUAAACAUGAAAGGCAUGAAGGAAAAGGUGAAAGGCUGAUUUAAUUAAUCUUUGUAAAAGUUAUUUAAUCAAGGUAUACAUAUUGUGAAAGCUAAAUAUAUGAAGGAAACUUCUUUCAGUUUAGCUGACUAGAAAUAGAUUUGUGAGGCAUGUAUUAUAUUAGCUUAUAUGAUAAUUUGUGUUUCUAAAUAUAUAUUGUAAGAACAUAGCUAUUAACAAAAUGUUCUGUAAAAUCAUUUGAAUAAUAGUUUGAUAAAGUAUUCACUGCUUCAGCGCAUGGGGUGAGCUAAAUUCUGGUAUCACAUUCUCAUUGAAGGGAAAACCGUGUGUGUAUCAUUCAUCUUCUUUCUGGCAGAUUUUUGUAUGUUGCAAGUAUGGUAUUGACUAUAUAAAACUGCCUGAUUAUUAUUGUAUCUUAACACUUUUGCUUGAACUUCAUAAAGGUCAGCUUGUAACUUCUGUGCAAUAGCUUACUGUCUGUGUAGAAAUACCAGUAAAACACUACUGUGAGCAUAAACACAGGAAGUGCUGGAGGAAUUACUCAGCAGGUCAGCCACAUCUGAAGAGAAGAACAGACUUAACUUUUUGAGUUGGAUCUUAAUUUCUUCUGAAGAAGAGUCCUAUUUGCUCCACAGAUGCUACCAGACCUCUUGGGUAUUUCCAGCAUUUUUACUGUUUAUUUGCAGAUUUACAGCAUCUGCAGGUUUUACUUUUGCUUUUGUUAUGAUCUUGUGAACGUGACUGGUGAAAAAUAAUGGGUAAUUCUGUGUCCAAGGUCUUGUUGAAGAAAGUUGCAUGGAAGAUUCAGAUUGUAUCUGUACUUGAGAUUGCACUAAAAAGCUUGUGUAUCUUUUAUUAGUUCCAACUUACACUUAAAAAUAGAAAUUUUGUUUUACUUUAACAUUGGUUCCAAGUUGAUUUAUUCUCAUUACUGGCCAUUUUAAACUCAAUAUUGUUGCACAAUUAAAUGGUUUGAAAUAAAUAGCUUUCGAAAGGAAUGUAUAAAGGGAAAAAACCAAAAUGCUGGAUCCACAUCUGCUUGUAUUUAGAAUAGGAUAGAAUCAUAUCCCUACAGUGUGAAAGCAGGCCAUUCAGCCCAUUGAGGUCACACCAACCCUCUGAAGAGAAUCCCACCGUGAUCCACCCCCUUUCCUAUCCCUAUAACCUUGGUUUUCCUCAUUGCUAAUCCACCUAGCCUGCACACCCUGGACUCUACAGACAAGUUAAAAUGGCUAAUCUGAGCCUGCAUAUCUUUGGACUGUGGGAGAAAACUGGAGCCCCCAGAGGGGACUGACACAGACACAGGGAGAAUGUGCAAACUCCAAACAGACAAUUGUCCAAGGCUGGAAUUGAACGUUGGUCACUGUUGCUGUGAGGCCACAACUGUGCAAUUAUGUUGCCCUGAAAGCCAGCGUGUUUUUAGUUGGAGUAAGAAAAUAUGGAAUUAGGUACCAAAGUCAUUUGACGGAUCCCAUUAAACAUGAUACCCAUGGUAUUUGAACAUCUCAUUUAAAUAUUCCAAUGACCUGCCCAGUGUUGAAUUAAACAAAACAUCCAAACAGGGAAAAGCAAUCCAUAAGACUACCCCAAUGCAAGAUAGCAUGAAAUUGAUUUUGAUUCUGUGCCAUUUUUAAACUAAAUUUCAUGGCUAAAUUCAUAGUAGCAGACAAUUUUCUUUUCUGAGCCUUUUUAAAUUUGGUAAAUGGCUUUCCAUACUUACUACAAUUCCACCAGCUUAGAUUACAAUGAAACUGAAAAACUGAUCUAUUUGCAAACUUGGAAUGUGCUAGGAAUACUGUGGCCUAUUUCAACUGGUGUCAACUGGCAACUUUUUGAGUCUAAUAACUUGUUGAAUUGCUGUAGACUUCACAAAGAGCACAAGCUGUAUUGUUGAGUUAUUGUCAUAUAGAUAAAUCUCUGUAAGGGUGAAAUAAUUUAUGAGGCACCUCAGAAUAUACAUAUUGAGUAAAUUAAAUAAACCUAAUUUAUUAUUCGAUUAUUAAUAUUUAUUAAGCAAAUGAGAAUGAAUGUUUACAUUUUAUGUAUAUUGCUGUAUGGAUCUUACAGUUGUUGUGAUUUGUCUCUUUUUUGCCAUUUUAAUUUAUAUGGAACGAAUAGUGUUAACAAUAGUGUUAAUGACAAUCAGGCUUCAUGAAGCAGUUCUUCAGUGGUUUGCACUGUUCAAUCUGUCCUGGUUUUGUAAUUUUAAUUUAAAAGUGCAGAUCUGGUGGAUAAAUCAAGUCUGCGCAAUGUACUGAAUCCCCUAAUUAAAAAUCAUCUGUGGAAUGAG